UCUCUCGUUACGUACAUUCAAAGUUGUGUUGGCGUCAUUUAUCAAACUCAAAAUCAUUCUAAGUGUAUUUAAAACGCGACAAAAUGAGCGGUGAAUAUUUAUUAGCGAAAUCCGAUGACAUGGAGAAACGAUUCAGGAACGAAUUCAACGAUAUUAUUGAAGGGGAGCGACCCAAAAUGAAGGCGGAACCAGACGCUUACAACGCAGAGAAGCAAAGAAUGAAAGCCGUCGAAGUCAGCGACAACGAUAUAAUAGAACUCAACGUUGGUGGUCACAAAUUAACCACCAAGAGAUCUACUCUUUGUCAAGUAGAAGGUUCGCUGCUCGCCUCAAUGUUCAGUGGACGUUGGGAGGACAGUCUCCAGCGCGAUAAAGAUGGCGCCAUAUUUUUCGAUUUCAACCCCCAGUAUUUCGUGGUUAUCUUAGAUUACCUGCGCGCGAAGAAAAUUGCCACACCAGAGAAUCCCGCGACAUUGCCGAAAGUCCCGGAAGACCAAGCAAAAAAUUUUAAUAAUCUUCUGGAAUACCUUGGUUUAAGCGAUGAAAUCAUGCCCGCUGAAAAAGUGCCUAGCGAGAAAUUCAAUCGACAUAGCAGCCGUGGAGUUACUCUCCAGGAAGGCGGGACAGUUGCAGUUCAUGGUCCAAAUGUUGGACAUAGUUAUGUUCUGGGAGAAAAUGUUCACCAACAAGGCAUUGUUCGUUUCAAAUUGAAGUUGGAGUCCUUUAAAAAUAAUGAUUGGAUGUUGGUUGGAAUAGCGAAAGCGGAUGUUGUACCACCGAACAACUAUUCAUAUCAAUGGCCUGGUUCACAUGGAUGGGCACUUGGGCAGCAUGGUCAAGUAUGGAAAGACGGGUCACAUACGAUUGAUAAUGCUUUACAAAAUGUUACGAAACAAAGCGACACGGUUGAGUUAGUCUUGGAUUGCGAUGCUGCCAAGCUGUCACUACAUUUGCCCACUGGUCAACAAUUUCACAUCCAAAUACCCAAGUCACAAACCUGGAGACUGAAUGUAUUUUUGACUGGUGCAAAUGACAAAGUACGCAUCAUCGACGACAAUGUAUAGUGUAGGUAGUGGCAAUGAUAAGAAAGUCUUGGAUUGAUAGGGAUACAACUACCUGAAAAAUACAAGGAGAACAUCGACGUUUCCAGCGAAGUCCCUUCGUCUUGUAUUUUCAGGUAGUUGUAUCCCUAUCAGUGUGAAGCUUUCUUUAUAAACCUAACUUUCUUAUGAUAAGAACUACUCAUUAACAAUACAACUGUAGAUUUACUCAAAUUAAACCCUUCAUAUAAAUACACAUAAUUAUCUAGGCAAAAUAGUUGAGGGUAUAAAAAUUCCCAGUUUCUUCGUUUAAUUUAGGUUAAUUUGUGCAUGUAGAAAUUAGGAAUAAAGUAAUAACAAAUAUAUAGACAAAAACCCUUCCUUUUUUUGUUACUUUUACUAUUUUAACUAAUAACCGUUAAUAGGGAUAUGGUCCGUUGUAUUUUUUGUAGCGAGUAUGUACGAAAUGAAUCAUGCAUAAAAACAGUCAUGCGUGUGAUAAAUUUAAAAAAAAGUGUGCAAAAACAGACACCUCUCAAAUACAGAGCUC